AUGGUUCACCAUAGAAGGGCCUUCCAGAGACAUCCCAAUGCUUUCUUCUGCAGUGCAGCCGUGCCCUCAAGUGAAGUCUCCCUGAAAUACAAAUAUGACCGGCUGGUUCUGGAGGUGCCGUUGCCCUCCCGUAAUGAGAAGUGUGUGUUUUUCUUGCGGCCCAUGUUGAUGAACGUGGGCGACCUGAUCAGUGACCUGCAGAAGGAGGACCCUGGGGUGACCGCCUCUGUGCUCUCUAAAUAUGGAGAGCGGCUUUCAAACAGCACACUUUUAGAAACAUUGCUUGACAAGGACUUCAAGCUGCUGCUCAAUGAUAGCGUGCAUGAUGUGUGCCCUCCUGAGAAGGUGAAUGUCUCCAGUGAGCACGCCGUCCAGAUGGAGGACAUGAAACAUGUGGUGCACUUACUCCACGCUGCCCUGAAUACACCUGAGCAUCACCAAAUCAAGGAACGGAAGCUCCUGGAGAAACUGGAUUCACUCAAACAAGAGCUGUCCCCGCUCGAGAAGAUGAAGGCCAACCUAACCCGUAAAGCAGAGUUCCACACCUCCAGGGCUCUGUGGACGGGGAUGGCCUUGCUGUCAGUUCAGGGAGGGGCUCUGGCCUGGCUUACCUGGUGGGUGUACUCCUGGGACGUCAUGGAGCCCGUCACAUAUUUCAUCACCUAUGCCACCAGUAUUGGAGCAUUCUCAUACUUUGUGCUCACCAAACAGGACUAUCUUUACACAGAGGCCAAGGACAGACAGUUCCUGAAAUACUUCUACAAAGGAGCUUCGAAGGUACAAUUCAACGUAACAAGAUACAACAGCCUGAGAGAGGAGCUGGCGCAGGUAGAGGACGACCUGCACCGCCUGAGGUACCCCACGCAACUUCAACUACCACUGGAGCAGAUUCAAAGGAAGCCAUGA